AUGGAGAGACAGGGAGGGAGAGAGGGGGAAAAAAGAGGCAGAGCAAAAGAGAGAGAGAGAGAGAGAAGAGGGAGGGAGAAGGGGAGAGAGAAAGAAAGCCCGGGAGAAGGUGCACAGAGAAGCACCAGCUUCUUGACAAGGUUUCGUCGGAGUCCGGAUCGCUUCCACCAGCAACUAGCAGAACCUCCGCUGGCCAAGGCAAGUAGCUUUUGCUUUCUGUAACGUGUGUUUCUGGUGGGUUUUUAGACGCUGUGAAGCAGCAUCCGGCAGCAGGGAGUUGGGAUCUCUCAUCCCCACCCCAUCCUCUUCUGAUAGAGUUCCACUAGGGCAAUGUAACUUUUUUAAUAAAAAAAAACACAAACCACCCCCCACCUACGCUCCUUCUUCGCUUUCCUCAACCAUCUCGCCUGCUUUGUCGGAGACCCUGAAAAGGCACCCAGUUCAGGCCUGGCUGGGAUUUCCCCGCCAGAUUUCAUCUGAAGGAGAGGCGGCAGGGAUGGGGGCGUGGGGGGGGGCGGAGAAGAGGGAGAGAGAGAGAUGUAAGAAGUUAGGAAGCAGAAGCAGAGGUAGCAAAAAUUAAUAAUUUUUGUUUGAACAAUGUUGUGGAACCCCCCAUCCCCAGUCCUUAAGAUCAUGGGACCAGCUGCCUCCGGGAACAACCUCAGAUGGGAAUGAGCAGGGAUCGACUUGUCCAGAUCCAGAGCUGAAUCCCAUAGUCCUCCUAUUGCCUAGGUAGGCUUAAGGAAGAGGUGAACAGAUCCAUUCAGUGGGGCUGAGUGUUUAUGCCAGGACUUUUCAUCCCCUAAAGAGGGAUUGCAGACGAGUGUCAGCGUGCUAAUGCUGUUGUCUUUCACCUGCUCUGUUUGUUAUUUGAUCACCUAAUGAAAAGAUCGAUGGCAGCCUGUUUAUCUAGGGUGGUGGUGGGGAGUGUCAACAGAUUAAAGGGACAACAGGGAGAUCCACCGAACGAGAGAGAGGGGGAGACAGAAAGACCUUUAUGACAAGGAAAGGCCCAUUAAAAAUAAUUACAAAACCCACCCUUAAUUCCGAUUAUGUUCUGUCUCCCCCACUCCAAGAUUGCCUUUGCUGUCCCUAAGGAUACCACAUUUCUCUUAGAAUAGGUAUAAAACAGAACCCACUCAAUCUCUGCUUUUAUUCAGCGAAAAUAGAGCGAAGCCUAGCCAAUUUUAUGAGUCCUUCAGGAAAUCCCAUCUUUUAGGGAUCUGGCUGGGUCUUUGAAUGGGAAAUGGAUAAGAAUUCAGGCCGCGAGAAAUGAAUGGAUCCUUCAUUGGAAGCGGGGAUCCUUAACCUCUCCAAAAGAAGCUGACUCAAAUAUAGAAAUCCUUUGUCAAUUUCUCCCUCCCUCUCAAACGCUCACUUUCCUCUCUCUCCGAGAGCAAAAGAAAAUAAAGAAAAGUAAUGUGGCCACAAUGUAAUUAAUUGGGAAAAUCCGGCUUUCCCCGCCAGCUUCUUGCGGUGCCUAAAGUAUGCCCCGAAAAAUAGAAGCGAGCUCUAACUUCCUCAAGACUGCCAACCCCAAUGUUGCCCUAACCAUAUUUACAUGGAAAUCGCAUAGGUUUUCCGCGUCUCUUAUCUGUGUUUAGAAUCCCAUCUUGGGCCGCAAUGGGCAAAUUGGUUAAGCAGAGGGGAGUUGCUAAACCGGUUGAACUUCAAAUAUCAGGACAGCCGAAUGGCAUUUUCAGAUGCAAACCAGCGAGGGUGUGUGUGAAGAAUUUAAAAUAAGGCGCAUCCAUGGUGUUCAAUAGGCGUGCGAACUGGGAUGGUGGUAGAAUAAAGCAGAUCAGUUAUGUUCAACGAGGUUGUAAUAUUCUGGAAGUAAUGCACGGGCUCCGCUUAAGGGGUUUUGUUUUUUCCUGCGUGGGGCCAAUCAGGAUUCCUCUUUCGAUGUUUCAGCCAAGGCUUUGUAAUCUGAUAAGGUCAUUUUAUGGGAGAACAGAGAUGCAGACAGGCUGAGUUUAAGACCACGAGCCACAGCACACUUACAUAGAAGUAACCUCUGUUCAUUUGAAAUGGUGGGACUUACAGUCACUUUGUGGGUUCAGAAAAGAAAUGCUGUCCUCUCUGGGGUUGUUUUCGGAGACACCCAUCUUCACUGGACCAGAGGAAAAUGUUGUGUCUGUCAGAACUUUUCCUGGAACCAGGAGGGGGGGCAUUUAAAAAACGAAACCUCCUCCCUCCGUAAAACACCCAAACCAAAUAUGGGCUGAAGAGAAGGUAAUAGCAAAGCCUAGCUGGGGGAUGGAAAUGAUCUGUACCCAGAAAUAUUUAUCCGCUUGCAGUAACCUUUGCUUUUUUUAAUUCAAAGGCCCGAUUCCUUUGCAAAAAUCAAGUGUAUGGCGUAUGUGUGGUUUUUCAAUGCAGCACUGUAUAAUAUAUAUUGACUGUGUGUUUGUGCCUGGCUGUGUAUUCGAGAAUCCUUAUAGGGGAAAAUAGCACAGGAGGGAUCUUCACUCUCUCUCCCAAGUGGAGAGAAAAAAAAUCUGUUACAUUCUUUUAGCAACUUUGAGCAACUCACUCCCCGUUCUGGUAAGAGAUCCAGCUGCAUUUCGUUAGGACAUGACAUUUGGGAAGUGCUUUUUAAAGCACACAUAUGCCAUCCCCGUUCUACAUAGAUCAACUUAAAACAGACCCAGAAAGCCAUACGGAAGGCGUGCUUUGAAUGCUGUUCUCUCACUUUCACACGCUACCAGCAUGCUGGGCCGCUUGCCCCACAAAUCAGCGAGCUCGCGCUUUCGACGAACUCUUGACAAGCUCUGCCUUCCAGCUUUUGGAUGCCUGAUCCAUCAGAGAAGCCAGCCUGCCGAGGGGCAUCCCUCCCCUCGAGGACUAUUUCCAGUCCUCGUCAAAUAUUAAUUGCAGUGUAAACAUUGCUGACCCACCUCUUUCCCUCCCCCCCACCUCCCCCCAAAAGCCCCCUCCUCAAGCAAAGUGCGUAGUGGCGGCGGCCUUGCUGGUUCCUCCCUCUGCCUUCCGUUGGCGAGGGCUUGGUGUCCAGCAGGGCAAGACUGUCAGCGAGCCAGGCCUUGGCAGGGAAGCCUGCCCAGCAACGCCGCUGCCACGACUAGCGGAAGUAGGCCUCAUUCACCGUCUGCACUAGUGCCGGGUCACAGGCUUCCAGCGCAAUGGAACUCCUGCCCGGGUGGAAAAACGAGGCGCGCCUGCCCCUUCCUCGACUGUCGUUUGUUAUCUGCACAAAUCUGCAGAUUUCAACCCCCCCCCCAUCCCUAUCCUAUACACAAUUGGCCAUUCCCAGAAUCCCAGCCAAAGUAGACCCAGUGGAUUACAGCGCCCGUUUGCAAAUAAAUAGCCACUGGCCACCUAAUAUUUCGGGGGGCCCCUUCUCUCUAGACAAAGCCUGAUGCACUCACACGGAUGCUCAGAUUCGUGUGCAUGGGAGGGAGGGAGGAUUUCACCAGUGCCUGGAUGGAUCCCUGAGAGUUCUCAACUGAUCUGUACUCGCUUUCCUUUAUGUCCUUACUCACUUCAGGGGACCAAGUGCGAGAUGAUUCCCAUUUUAAAGCCUGUUUGGAAACAAACAAACACGCACACACGCGCACGAGAUAUUCCAGCAAAUCCUUCCUCCAUAAUAAUAAUAAUAAUGUAUAAUCAUAAUUUAUUAUUUAUACCCUGCCCAUCUGGAAGGGUUUCCCCAACCACUCUGGGAGGCUUCCAGCAAAAUAUUAAAAUUACAUAAAUGUAAAUGAAGCUGGCUUGUGUUGUGCACAUGUGAUAUAAGUUCUAGUUAACUUACUUCCAACAUCUUAAUCAGACCUACUUUUUAAAGCAGUCCUUUCUUGGAAUCCCAUGUCUGCACAACCCAUUGGGGCUUGAAAGUAAAUUCUACUGAAUUCCAUGAAACUUACUUCCAAGAAAAUAUGUGGAUACCAUUCCUUCUAGGCUUUCUUACAAAAGAGGAAACGCUGCGUGUUUACUAUAAAGGCAGCUGGGCCAAGGGAGGAGAGCGUCUGGAGGAAACAGGGGCUCUAACCUGGGCAAAGGUUCCCGGUUAGGCACCCGCCAGUGGUCGAAGGCUAAAAUGAAAGCUGUAAAAUAGGCUGCCGAGAGUCUGGCUUUAUGCUUUUGUUGUGGAGUUGUAAGAGAAGCAAGGCAAAGGAGCAAAAUACCUUUCCCAAAGGUCCCGCCAACCCCCGCGGGCCCCACUAGGAGCCAUUAGGCCGUAUUCUGGGGUCGACUUGGUCAUUUGGCACCUAGCGAAAUGUCGCGCUGAGUUACCAGGUGCUUUCAGAGUGCGGCGGUCUCCUCUCAACCAGACGGCGGCAGCUGGCCACUGAAAUCGUGGAUUUGCCGACACGACAGCCAGGAAACCCAAACAAGUUGAAAACUGUGCAGAGGUCAGGGGCAGCGCGAUCCCACACCAGCUGUUUCUUUGGAACGAAGUCCCACGGAGCUGAGUGGGGGACUUAUUCCCAAGAAAGGGGGGGGUAGGAUUGCAGGUUUACAGUACAGCCCUUACUCAGGAGUAAAUCCCUCUAAUGUUCCCUGGAGAAUAUUUCCAGGAAAGGGUCCUUUGGGCCUCUUAAACCAGGCGCCGUAGUCGAGUGGCCUCGAGGGGCGCAGGAAUUUCCCAGCUAACAGAGGGACCCAUAUUGGCCAGCUUUUAUAGUGUGCCUUGUUUCACGGCCGAGAUGGAUCCGGAAGAUCCUAGCAGGACACAGGAAACUGGCGGUCAGCAGGCUCUGCAGCCUUCCUGCGUCAGAGCUGUCUUAUCCCAUGCGCUCCCCACCCCGUUCCCUGCGCAAAAUGGCGAAUUCUCACAACCAGAUAUUGACUUUCCGCACAAAUAAAGCUGCGGGGAUCUUAAUGCGGGAAGCGAAGCGACAUAAGUGUGUGCGGAUGCCAGGAAGGGAGCGGGGUGGGGAGUGAGGACUUUUCAUGAGUGUAGAUGGCAGCGCUGGAGAGUCUCCCUUUGGCUUCUCUGAGGAUCUACCCUUCGUUUGGAGACCAGUCUUGUCAUGCGCGCAUCACGUAAGGCCCAGGCAAGCUGAUGCCCAGAUCUAGUAGGUGUGGGUGUGGGUGUGCGCGCGCGUGUGUAGACAUUAAUAUCUGGCUAUGCUGGGGAUGAAAAGGGGGCACACUUGCGAGAGAAGUUUCCCCCCCGUGUCUUGACAAUACGAUCUUCUGGCUUGUAGAAUUAUUUCCCAUAAUAGUCACCUGUCACAGCUCCCAUUUCUUUUAUCAUAGGCAUUAGCCCAUCAGGAGAUGAGUUCAGUUGGACUUCUCUUUUCCAGGCUAAAAAUUAAAAGAACUCUCUCUCUGUGUGUAAGAAAAUAAAAGAUUUGCCCCACCGAUUGUUCAGUUAUCGCUUAGAGGCGCCGAGAGGGUGUCAAAGGGUGGGGGAGGGAAUCCAGGCUUGGCUGCUGGUGUGAGCAUCACCCUGAGCUCCUCCUAAACUUGAUAUAACUAAUAAAUCUGACUUUUCCCUUAAACUGUCAGGGUCGAGAUGUGUUUAUUACAGGCCUGUUCAGGCAGCUAAGGAGAUGGGGCGGGAGGACUUUUAAGUUGGGCUUAAAAAAAAAGUCAAUGAAACAGCUCAAGCAGACCAUAAAGAAUCGCGCCACACUGAAGCUGGCUAUGGGGAGCAUGGAGGGGGUGCGCGCGCGCGCGAGAGAGAGCAGCGAUUGUGGGGGGGGCUCAUAAAAAGUACCCUGGAAGACAUGGGGCUGGCAAAGCCGUGUGUGUGGUGUGUGUGUGGUGGGGGAAGAGAAAUCUGCUUUAUUGUUAACCCCUUGCACGGAGGCUUCUGAAGCUGAAAGGGCAAAGGAGGGGACGCUCUUUUGUCCCAGCUGAUCCUCGGCUAUUCUGGGGACUCAGGUUGGUGUGAAAAGGACGAAGAGGUCACUUGAAAUCGCCUUUUAUCUACUCCUCUUUUCUCUCUGGAUCAGCAGCUUUGAAUAGGCGCCAUCUAAUCGCUCUUCAUAGAAAGAAAGUGGGGCAAGGCUCGAAAAUGCCUUCACUCUAGGAAGGAGGGGACUGGCUUGCAUGAUUGCGCCUAGGCCUCAAGCCAGGCGGCGGCGAGCGGAGGAAUGCCUCGAUCCCCACCGCGUGCGCCUCGGUUGGAGACGCGGAAGGUGGCGAGAGGGGCGCGCUGCCUGCUCCCCUUGCCUGCAUUUCGCCCUGGCAGCAAGCCGGGUUGGGAUGGAAGGAGUCCCUCGGCCUCAUUGAUGGACUCGUUCCGUAAAUAAAAUAAAAUGUCCCUUCCAACCACCACUCCCCAUUGGCAAACAGAUACAAAGGAAACCAGAGCAGGGAACAAACCUCGAAGAGGCUUCCCGCCUCUCCCAUUUUUGCAAAGUCCCUGGGAGCCGAAACAAUUUUCUCAAGGCUAGGACGGAACUGUUGGUCUGGCGAGUAAAAAAAAAAUAAAAAAUGAGCGUCCAUCCGCACUCCAGAUCCCGGACUUGUUUUGUAGGCUUCGCACGAGGCCCUGCUUCGUCCACUGCUGCUGAGGACACCCAGUGAAUCCGAAAUAAACUGAUAAGGGGGCGGGCGGAGAGAGAGCUAUCUCUUCCUUCCCAAUAGCUGUCAUGCUAAGCUAAAGUUGAACCCACAAGACACGAAAGCCAAGUCCCUGUUUGUUCAGAAACGAUUUUUUUUAUCCCCCCCCCCGAACCCUUGUGUGGGAGAUGAGUAUGUGUCUUUUUUGGCAAAAAAGAAAAGAAAAAAGAACCUGGUUAGACAGAAUUAUUUGUUCCUUUGCAUCAAAAGACAAGGCCUUCCUAUUAAUAGCCUAAUGGCUUUGGCUGCAAGGAACCAAGAGCAUUUCAGAGGCAGCUUCCAAAUCCCUCUGCCAGGGAGUGGGCGGGAAAUACCUCUCUACUACUGCUGCUGCCCCUCCGACUAGAAAGAGCCACCUUUGCUGUCUGAAGAGUCCAGGGAUGCUUGGAAGCUGGAAAUACUUCCGAAUGGUGGCAUGGUUGCUAGGGGCUGCCCGUUCCCACCCAUGAAUCUCUCCUACCUCCCAGGGCCAACCGGGCUUCCCUGAAGGCCACCUCCUGGCCACCACGCUCUUUGGAGCGCCUUCGCGUUUAAACGCCUCCGAAAGGCUGCAGGUCAGAGCAAGAGCUCCCCAUUUGACUUCGACCCUAGGGCUUCGGAGAGGCGGGGGCGGGAAGCCCCAACUCAUCUCCCGGCCCAGUGCCGCGAAGAUUAAAUUAAGUGGCGGAGAAACCUGGCGGAUCUUCCGUGUGAAGCUCCGCUGGCGCGUCCAGGAGUCACUUUUAACGCCUUGCUUCCCCCCACUGUGCGCAAGUCUUCAUCAGGAAGACCCUCUUAAUUCCCUCCCUCCCCAUCUUCAGCAGAAAGGAGCGGGGAGGUCGGCUUUUCGCCUGUUCCCUCACCUACCCCCGGCCUCAUUUUCUUCACUCAAAAGUAAACAUAAACGUUGCUAACUGAUCCGGAAUUCCUGGCUGAAUGCAUGCGUGUGUGUGAGAGAGAGCUGGGGUUCCAAUCAUCCCAUUUGUCACAAAGAAAAUGACCGGCGGUGUAUUAAGCAGAACAUCUGAUUUAUUUGAUUUAGUGCUCUGGGGCCACAGCGAAGACACCCUAAGCAAUCCCCCAAUGCAGAGUUAAAAUUGAAAAGGAGAAGGGCGAAGAGGAAAAAAAAAUCAAACAAAACUUAGAAGCAGUAUUUAAGCCUCCUCCAUUUGGCAACACUGAUCACCAUUCCCGAGUGGCUGGGGAAAUAUUGUUUUUACAAACCGCCGCAGCAGAAGGAACAAAUGUUUGGGAACCACUGAACCUCUCGGUUUCGAUGGGAAGGGGCAGAAAUGGCAGAGAGAGAGAGAAAAUCAAGGCAGUCGAAGAGAAUCUGCAAAGCUGAUCUAAGCUCUGGAAAAGUUUGAGCUUGGUGCGAUGACCGCUUGCAAAUGCAAAUGCAAAUGAAUAAAUAAACCUCAAACCGGCUAGUUUGGGGUGCAGUAGUUUAGCAAGACUAAUUGCAGACAAUGGAGCUGAAAUGACUUUUCCAAUUAGCUGCUGGUUGGAGUUUAGUUGGAGGAACUGUCAGCUCCACCGAUGGGUAAUUGCUUUAUUGCUCACAAAACUAUCAUCUAUUUAGAACAUAUGUGCUAAUUACUGUGGAUGGGCGUUGGGGAAAAAAAAAGGGAGACCAUAAAUCUAUUAGCACUUGAAAAAAAGUCCAUGGGGCUUGUAAGCAGCACGAACUCCUUUUCCACAUUAUGAUUUGAGGGGAAGAAUGGUGUGAGUGAUAAGCGACUCUCUUCCCCAAUGCAACAUCUGAAUUAAACCCAUCCGGGAAGACAAUGCAAACAAGCGGCCCGACCCACAAGCCGGAGUAGGGGAUUUAUACCGGGUUUGUGCCACUGGAGUGAGGACGGGUACAAAUCAAUCUUCAAAGCAUACUGCUUUGGGUUAAUUGAAUUUUGGGAGGGAGGGUUGUCUGACAUUGGUCAAUUUCAGAUGCGAGCGCUUAGUUUUAAGAGAGCCGCAGAAGGAGCCGUCCGGUCUUCUCAAUCAACCACGGCCAUAAAUCACUUUCCCUCCUUUCCCCCACCCCAGCCUGUUUCCCCACCCCAAAAGAUUAGUUUAGAAAUCUUUUAAUUGGAUUAUUCUAGAAAAUUAAUCUCCUUUCGGCUGGCUAAAUUUUGUGUACCAAAUAUUGAAAAUUAAAUCCGCCUCAUUUAAGGGUGGGGGUAGGCGGGAAGAGUGAGGACUCCUGUUGCCUUUGGAUGGGUUAGCUGUUGGUUUUUUUUAAGAACGAGGACACGAGUAAGAGAAAUACCAUAGGGGGCAAAAAAGAGCAACAUAAGGUGUUCAGAGCUCCCAAAAAAGCAAUUGUCACCCACCCAACAGCAGAAAGUUGGUUUUCUAGUUUAUAUAAGAGUGCUAUUAUAAGGCGAUAGCACAGAGCUGGUAAGUAUCCGGGAUAGAAGCAGAAGACUCAGAUGAGGCUUGUUGUUGUUACUAUUUUAAAGAAAUCUAAAAAGCUUGCCAGCAUUGGGGGGAGUUUUUUAACCUGGAACCUCAUGGGUUACUCAGAAGAGGAAACGGAGGCAAAGUGGCAGGGAAUAGACCCUCUGCCUUCGAACACGCUGCUGACCGGCAACAUUCUGUUCCGGGCAUUUCCCCACACUUUCUCUUUCCUUUGGGGUGUGUGUGUGUGUGUGUGUGUGUGUACGUGAGCGAGCUAGGAGAGAGAUAAAGAGAAAGAGAUUCCCCCCGUCUCUUUCAAGACAAAUUCUGGGCAGAGUUGCUGGAGAAGCGCAAGGAGGGUUUCUGCUUUCUUCCUCAAGCUCUCCGAGUUUCCCCAUCACGUCUUCUGUUACUCCCCGCCAACCCACCUGUGACACCUGGAAGUCACACCCACACCGAAAAUCAAUGGGGUUUCAUUCCUGUUUUGUGUGAUGAGAAAGAGAGCGAGAUAAGAAAUCGGAUGUCACAAAACCAAUUUAGGAGGAUUGGAUAGUUCUCAGAGUCACAAACGUGUGCACGUGCAUUUACUUGCCUUUUAAUCAGCGCUUGCUGCUAAUUUACAAUUCAGUUGUGGAUGCUUUUUUUAAUUAUUUUUUUGAGACAAACGAUCUCCUCCCAAUCUGCAAUUUCACCUGAAAUUCUUUCUCCUUUAUUUCAAGCUGUUCCGCAAGUUCUUCCAGGACCCUUCCCGCUCCAACCUCCUACCUCUGAACUUUCUAGCCUUCAGAUUUUCCCCUAGUAUAUUUAAUUCUCCCCUUAUCGGGGUUGCGUGGAGUGGUGUUUUUUAUUUUAUUUUAAAGACCUGUUAAGGCAGAGAUCAGGAGUCAGAGCUCCAUUUUUGGCUGCCUGCUGGGAUUUCCUGAGCGAGAUCACGACAUCUCUCUGAAAUGGGAUACCUCACUUUUAAGCUCAAUGUAGCUGUUAAUAGCAGCCCUCUGAGGUGUGGUUAAUUGGUGGGGAUAAAGGCGUAAUGACUUCACAGGGAGACUGCAAUGAUCCUUUAAUGUACCUUAAAGAAGCACACGCACACGGGUGACAUGGCAUCGCUUUGCAGAGGAGCAUUUUAAAAGUGGUCUUCGUAGGAAACAAAUUUGUCCCUGGAACGUGAUGAUCUGCGCAAACAAGGGGAGAGGGAGGCAGGGAGCGAGUUUGUGUUUCUGUGUUUAAAGGCAAUGAAUUUAAGAUUGAGUAAAUAAACUUAUUGGGGAAGUGCGAACCGAGAAAGUAAAUGGUAGGAGAAUGAUAGGGUGGGGAUAAAGGCCCGAGAAGCUCUUUGGUCUUGGGACAUGACGGUCUUUCAAGCCGGCCUACCUCUCAAGAUUGUCGUACUCUACUGAGCUCCACCGGAGGAAGGCGAGAUACAAAGAAGCAACGUUAAGCAGGGGUCCGCUCAUCCUUCUUUCCCAAACUCAAAGGUGGUGAGUGAUUCUCUCUCUCCUACGCUCGGCCUCUCCCCCCAGCAGCCGACCUUUAGGCCAUGCUAGCUGGGCGUGAAGUCAAGGUUGCGACUGCAGAGCCGGAUCAGAUCUCACUCCUUUCAAGCGGUGGCGUGGAGUUUUCAGUGCCAGCCGACUGUCCUUCGGUUGGGGAAAAGACAAAGUGAAUUGGGAUGUUGUUCCACGGGGAGGGAGUCUCCCUAUGGCUUGGAUACCGAGCAAGCAUGCAAUAGGAUCCUCCGGCACUUCGUCCUAUCCUGAACGUCUUACGGUCAUAUGCAAGAGUAAAGAGUGCAGCGUAGGUAAGGAGAAACUGAUAAAGAUUUGGCAGAGCGUAAGACUGCGAUGUGCUCGCAGUCCAAAUCCAACCUUCGCCUAUUAGUAUACGAUCAGUGACAAAGCUCUAUACACACACACACACACACACACACACACACACGUGUGCCUGCAUUUCUUGGCAUCUGAGAAACGCACCAGUCACAGAAACUAACAGAACGCGUGUUUGUGAAACCGAAAUUCUCUCUUCGCUCUGGUUGCAAUUCUCCUUAGGGCUCCACUUAGAUCAAUGGAACUUUCUCCCAACCAAGGGAGCAGAAGAUUGCAGCUGUCUCUAGUGUGUUAUGUCCAAUACUUUUAUAGAGCGUUUACUCGCUUGUGUUGUGUAUUUAUUUAUCUCUCUAUCUACAUACCACAGGAGCCAACUACUAGGGGCCGAGGUCCCUUCGUCCCCCCCAGAAAAGAUUUGAGGGGGCCGGGCCACCAUUCAAAUGGUGUUUGUGCGCCGCAUCUUGUGAUCGAUUCUGUGAUGCGGGGAUUGCCUGACCCCCCCCCCCCGCAAUAUUUUAACCCCUUUGACACCACUGCGACGUACAUUUCUACUGGAGCCCCUAUAUACUGUGCACACGGGUCUGCUUUGACAUGCACAGGAGAUAACUUUGCACAGAUACACAUAUUGCUAUAUAGACACACCGCAUGCAGUACCUCGGCCCUAUUUUAGCGAACACAUUGCGCUCUCUCUCACACACGCAUAGGUAAAAGUGUACACGUAUGUGAAAAGUGUGCAUGUGUGUUCAUGCAGAUCAUGCAAAUGUCGCCCAAGGGGUUACAGCGGUAGAAUAAAGGAAGGUAAACACUCCGGCGCGAGGUCAUCGCUCUUCGCCGUGUCUCUGUUACUUUCCCACAUCUCGCAAGGAAAAUGAAGUGAAACUUAACACCUUCCCUUUCCUGUGUGCUUUGUUAAACUUUUCCUUUUGCCUCAGUCCAGUUUCUUCUCUCCCCGCGCUCCCGCGGAUGAAAUGUUGACGUCCUGACUCUUUAGUAACCAGAUCUUCAAGACUUACUAGGAAACCAGAGCUAUUGGAAUUUGGAAUCGAUGUUAUUGCUUCCAAGUGAAUUUGUCCAGCCCUAUAUCGUUAGACGCACCCAAACUCACCGAAAAUCAAUGGAUGCUUAACUCUGCAUAGGAUCGGGCUGAAAGUGUUUUGGCUGGGGAUGUUACGAAUCACCGUCUAAUAUAUGUUAAAGGCACCCGACGUGUCCUGGGAUCAGGGCCUCCAGGAAAGUCACGCACAAACUCGACCUUUCCCUCCCUGUUGUCCCUUUGCUUUUGCUUCGGGAGCUGCGGAAGCGAUUUAUGCUUCCAAUGGAUCCGAACCUUCAUCUCUCAUGUUCGAGUUCUUUCUGAAAGCAGAGAGAGGGAGUUAAAGUCGAUCGCAGGUGUUUUAGCUCCAACUGUCGCAAUUUCAUCUGCAUCUCUCAGAUCCCCGAAGCAGAAAGACCCCGUAUCACACGCCCCGGCACCCGGGGCAGGGAUCUAGUUCAGCUUCCCACAACCUGGAGCUUUCCCAAUCAGCUUUAGACUACAACUCCCAUCCGCUCAGCCUAUGGGGUUUAAUGGGGAAACCAGUUUAGUGGUGCACAAUCCAGGUUGAGCCAGUUUAGAUCCCUACCUAGGGACGUGUCAGCUCUGCCCACAUAAAGCCGGGCGUUUAAGGUCGGGUUCUGGCUCGCUUCUCACGUUAUACAGGGGUGGGAGGAAGGGAGACGGAAACCUCCCCCCCCCCCAAACCAAACCUCUUUAAAUUAUAGCAAGGUAGCAUUUCUCUGCUUUUCGACAUCAGAAAUGCAGACCUUGGCUCUCUCCCUCCCUUGCUCCCUUGCUCGUUGCUUUUGGCCUUAUAGUUGCUUGGAUUUGUUUCAGACUGACCAGACCUCUGUCCUGAGAGAGUCACGUUAACUGGACAGCUUCCGUGCCCGCUUACAUGGAAGGAAGCCUCCUAACAUAAAAGGGAGCUGACUUCGGAGUAAGAUUAAAGGAAGGCCGUAAGGUUGGGUUUUGCAGAAAUUGUCCGCACUCUCGCCCCUUUCGCCAGCACUCUAAGCGUGCGAUCCAACAUUCCAAAUGUUGGAAUCCAUUUCCCAUUCAUGAGCUCUGUCCAUCCCUGGAUUCUAGAGUGUUUGACUCCAUGUGUCAGAAAGGAGGGAUCCCCGUCUCCCUUUCAUGUACAUUAAAAUAUCCCCUGUGUGGAUUUUCUCUCUGCUGCAGAACCAAGUUUGCUAUGAUUUCAGCAACAAAAAAGGAGGCGGCUAUAUUUGUAUAUGUCCCGCGUGCACAACUAGAAUCGUAUCGAUUUAAUUCAUUUCAGUUUCUCAUUAGUGUAGUGAUCCUCCGUAUCUGGAAUCAUCUCGACUUUGAGUGCAGAAAGCAAUCCUGGCAAUAAACCUUGUAAACCAGCGAAGUCCUGGUUUAAUUUCGACCCCGUAAAGACUCAGGCCUGGUCAGAACCCCUUCUCUGAAGCAGUGAAACUAGAAAGGUCGACUUUGAAGUCCUCCUUUUCAUUCACGUUCUCCGACAUAAGGGCUUCGUGGACCCGGCUGAGCGGGGACGUGAGUGGCAGCUUUCGUCCCGAUCCUAUGCACCUUCUACUCAGAAGCAAGGUUCACCGAGGGCAAGCGCGGGUAAUGCUAGACUUAAUGGUAUUAAGGAGCUCCCCCCGCCCCAUUAGAUGGCAACGUGUAUCAUUUUCAGGUCAAAAUGUGGGAUGUCUUUGGGGUUCCUCUUGCUCAUUCUCCUGCCUGCGGGUGGGAUUUCCUGCGGCGACCGUUGUAGCUUUGAGAUCUCUCUGGGCGGGAGUAAGCCCCAUUCAGUUCCGUGGAACUUGCUUCUGAGCCGGCCCGCUGUUAAGUCUCUGGCCUUUGGGGCAGGAGAAGGAGAACGGCGAGCAACUUGGAACAGAAGCGAAUCUCCCGCACCUGCCUCCCUGCGCGUCGGAGCAGAGAAGCGCAGCUUCCCAUUAAACGCGAUGCACCCGUAACCGGCGCGCCUGGGUGACGGAUCUGCGCCUGUCCAGGUGUAUAUUGGGACAUAGAUCUGGAGAACACCGGCUGGUAAGGAGAGGCGAAGAGCGCUCUCUGUUAUGAUUAGGCUUUCUGGGCUGUUUUGCAGCUCAUAAGGCACAAUUAGAUUGGAACCUGUAAAACAGACUGCGGGAGCAGGGGAAGAAAGGGGAAAAAGACGGAGAGCCGGCGAACGGAGACCUUUAUGAAACUAAUAAAGCAUAUUCUCCACCUGGGGGAAAGGACAGCUCUUUAGGCACAGCGUGCUAGCAACUAGAGAGGGGGGGGAAAGGCUGGGAUCCAUAAACCACGAAGCAAGAGAGCAGGCAGGGCAAGGCCGCCUUCUGGGAGCCUGUCUGAGGACGUUCCUUGGCCUUCUGCCCUACUAACCACACGCACCAUUCCUCGGGAGUAAAUCCCCUGGAACCCAUUGGCACUUGAUUCCGAGGAGACGCGCGUGGGGAAUCGGGUCGCGUGGCUGCGAUCUCUCAAGCCGGCUUCCUACUAGAAAAAGAAGGGACUUCCAAGCAAACUUCCGCGGCCUCUUUUGGACGAGCGUUACAGAGACUGGCAGGCAGCAGGCACAUCAUGCCGCUGCGGAGUCUCCAGGCCUUGGCCGAGAGGUCAACGGGGCCGGGGGCAGAGCAGCUUUAGGGGCGGUGAGAGCAGAGCGGGGCCCAAGCUUUUGUUCCUUCCAGCAGGAGAAAGCCUCUAGAGUCCCCGUCAAAGGGGAAGGGGCGCGUGCUGGGAACCUGACCUCAGAGGUUUGCGCAGCCCCAAGGAGGAGGAGGAGCAUCACCCGGGAAAUGCCCAUCAACGCCUUGUCGGCUUCUCCUUGCAUUCAAUGCUCUAGUAAUAAUAUAUCCCACACCCUUUGCCUUCAACAAUUACCUAAGUGGCAGAAAUUCAGCAGGUGGAGCUUUUCCAGACACAGAGAUGGAGUGAUAGAAACAGUUCCACCUGUUUAUUUUUUGCCUCUGGGUCAUUACAAAGGAACUAUGCUAGAAAAAAAAGUUGGCAGCCCUACUUGGAUUCCUUAGCAGACACUUUGUGUCCUUCAUCUCUGGGAUGGUCACUCUGAUAUGCCAGCUCCCAGGCCUGAAGCAUAGAUAUUUUUCAGGUGUGUGUGUGUACAGAUUAUAAAUGUGUGUGUUACACACACUCCCGUUUCUGGCUUUAACCUCUAUUAUGUUGCACCUGGUGGAUUGUAAGACUCUUGAGAUCUGAAAGUUGGCCUGUUUGAGGCCUCCUUGAAGAUUAUUGAGAAAGGCAGGGGGCUUUCUGUGAAAUCCCAGGAACAUCUACUUGGAAGUAAUUCCCACUGGAUUCAGUGGGACUUACUGCUGGGCAAGGAUUGCAACCUGAAAACAUCUUCUUUGCAAUUAACAGACAAUAAGUACGCAAGACAUAUAUAUAUGUAUAUAACUGAGCACAGCAUUAAAUAGUUCUGCAAAAAGUGUUUUAAUUUGCUGACUGAGUAUGUUGAUUGAGUUUAUCUGGAGAAGGGAUUGAAAACUGUAUAUUUUUUUGGUAUUGUCAUAUUAUAAAUGUUUACUGUUGUAAGCUACCUUGGCUGGGCACUGUCCAGAAAGGUAGAUUAGAUUUUUUAAAAAAUGAAAACCACCACAAAAAAUGCUGGUGCUUUUUUAUGGACAACUUGCAAUACUGUACAUAGUCUUAAUUUUUAAAUGCACAAUCUCUUCCUCCCUACCUUGAACACCUAGUGUCUACACAGGAGAAUAUGCCAUAAAACUUGCUUAGAAAGGUUAUAAUCCAUAAUUUGGCCUACCAAGCAUUUUGAGCUACCUGUCACCAGACUUUCAUACACACAGCAAAGUAGGAAAUAUUUUGAGUCAUUCAACUUAUCAUGCUUUUAACCGAUUAACUAGGUAGGUCACUCUACAAGAGAUGUCAUUUUAUCUCUCUACGCAAUAUGCAGCAAUAUUGAAAGAGCAUUUUUAAUGUAGAGUAGAUAGGCUCCCAAACUCCAAAAAUAAAUCAUGGCUAUUAUUUUAUUCACUAGGAGGACCCCCUCCCCACAACAGAAAGGAUUGUCCAGAGCAGGAAAUGGCUUAUAACAGUGUCCUGUUUGGCAGGUUUUUAUUCUCUACUAUUUUGCUUUAUAGAUUAAAAUCCCAUUUAAAUAGCUAUGGGUGCAAUCCACUCCAUACUGAUUUGAAAGAGCUUGGACUGCCCAGAGUAUUUUCAACCUGUUCUUAUUAAGCCUUUUGGGUCAUCAUACCGAUUAACUGACCGCUUCUAACCUCUGCAAUCUGUUUGACAUUAGCUUAGGUUGACAUAAUAAUAUUGUUGACAUAAUAUAUUCUGUGCUAUUUAUAGAUGCCAGCCAAUACAGCAGAGUAAUAUCUCCUUAAGCUUGCAUCCCAGUGUUUAAACAGACUACUCAGGAAAGUUCAGGUCUUUUCCAGAUCAAGGAUUCUAGGACUGAAAUACGUUGCACCCUUGCUUUGGAGUUAGUUCAAUCAAAAUGAGCAGGACUUACUUUUAAGUAAACAUGAAUAGGACUGGGCUGCCCCAAUGAAGGGCUUCAGUCUUGUGGAUAUAGCAUAAAGAUGUAUAGGUAAGAAUAGGUCUAACACAUGCAAAAGCAUGUUUACUCAGAAUAGGCUCCAAGGAGUUUCAGUGGGCCUUACUCCUGUACGGGAUUUCAGCCUCAAUCUGAAUUGACUGCUCCUUAAACCACCCUUUAAAGGGAGUCCGGGAACCAGUGGUCCUCCAGAAACUGCUGGACUGCAACUCCCAUCAUCUCUGAUCAUUGACCAUGCUGGCUGGGGCUGAUGGGAGUUGAAGUUCAACAACACCUGGAGGCUGCAGGUUGCCCAUCACUGCCCUUCUUAUUUUGAUAGCUCAAGUGCGGCACCCUCCCCCACCAUUCCCAGUACAUGAUUAUAGGUGAAACCAUUCUUCUUUCUUUUCCUAGUGAUUGUGAACAUAGGCUGAAGAGUUAAAUGUUGUUUCAAAACACUUAAUUCAGAGUUAAGCUGUGCAGCUUCUGUUUGUGUUGCACCACUCAUAAGACAGUGGCUGUGUUACCAGCAAGCCCAGGGUUCUUUCUGGUAACGCUGCCAAGAGAUUUUUAAACCUGCUUCUAUCAAAAACGAUUGGAAUAUCUCCUUCCUUGUAAUAAAAGCAAAGUGCUGAGCCAGAUGUUGUAAUAAGUCCGGUUGAUGUGUGAGCAGGUAAUAUAGGCAGGAGUGACACUGUUAACAAAAAACAUCUAAUUAACAGUGACUUCAUUUGAUUGGGAGGAUGAAAAAGCCUUUUUAAAUCAAUCCAGAUUUACUGGCCUCGGCACAGCCAAUUUAUGACUCUGGAGGAUGAACAGAGUCUGCUUUCCCUCAAGAUGUCAUCUGAGGGGGGAAUAAGGGGCUAGGUGAAGUCAUUUGGUUCGCCUGUGGAAACUCCAGGAGUCCUCCUGCUUUUGGGAUUGAAGUCCGUGCUGCUUCUUCAUUUUAUUAGGAACAGGCCAAGCCCAUCAAUGAGGCUCUCCGGAAUAUCUUGAAGCAAUUAGGCCCUCCCAAUUAGCAUACUUCUCCCGACCCCAAGAGCUUCUCCAGGUCCUUGCAUUAGGCAGCUCUUUAAAGAUGAAAAACUUGAACACAGCAUGGACUUGAAGGGGUGAGACCACAUUCUUCAACAAGCCUAUCCCCAGUGGGAAGAAAACAGUUGUUGCGGAUCAUGGCUAAAACACCAUUAUCUCAUCUGCCCCAACAAUAGGAUUUCCUCUAGGCCUUGAAAGGGGUCCCAAAACUAUUGUUUAUAAGUCUUUAAGGUCCUGGGGCGCCUUAAAGAUUUAUUCAUUUAUUUGGCUAUUAGAUUGUGAUAGGCAAGGGAGGAAUAGUUCGCUGAACACAGAUAGCUUCUCUUAUUGUGGUGUCAUGAUAUGCAAUUUUUAAAGGCAUCCUGGAAACUUACUCAGGCUCAGUGACUAGCUGAUCUUGUGAAUGGCAAGUCCUGUAUUUUAAGGCUAGGGGCGGGCGGGGGGCUCACAACAGUGAGUUUAGAUACUCAAUGAUGAGGGAAAUGCACUUUGCACAUAUUUAGAAGCAUUCUUGUUUGUGACUGGUUUGGAGCCUUAGGGUGGAUAGGUUCUGGAGAUCGACCUCUAUGAACACUGGUUGAGUUAAACCCUGCCUUGCAAUUAAGACAGGGAUUUGAACCCAAAGCUAAGUUCUGUGCACAGAGUCAUAGGUAAGCCAGGGUAAGGAUUGUAAGGCCAGCAUUCAAUGGCAGCUAUAUCCAUGAUGAUACUGCUAGUCCAAGGGGACAAAUAUGCUCAGUUUUAUGCACUAAUCAAAUUGCCUGCAACAUAUCUUGCAAACAGCAUAGGGGUGUAUGGGGGAGGAAGUGUGGAUUUUAGGGACUCAUUUUUGUGUUUCUGUUUUUCUCCUAUGGAGCCCCUUGUCAGCAGACAGCAUUUGCCUUCCCCCUCUUGCUCCCUGCAGUACUUAAGCUAUUCCUGAAGAAAUUAAGAAGAAGCUAUAUUUCCCCUUUGCUUUUCAAGGCAAGAUCUAUAAUUAUGCCACUGCUGAGGUAAGAGGAAAGGGAAAGGGGUAGGUUGGGAGAGUAAGGGAGGAAGGCUGAGGGGCUCAGAGAGCUUGCAUUGCUUUCAAGUAAAAAAAAGGUAAAGGACCCCUGGGCGGUUAAGUCCAGUCAAAGGCGACUAUGGGGUUGCGGCACUCUUCUCACUUUCAGGCUGAGGAAGCCAGCAUUUGUCCACAGACAGAUUUCUGGGUCAUGUGGCCAGCAUGACCAAACCGCUUCUGGCACAACAGGACACGGUGAUGGAAACCAGAGAGUGCACGGAAACACUGUUUACCUUCCUGCCACAACGGUACCUAUUUAUUUACUUGCACUGGCAUGCUUUCGAACUACUAGGUUGGCAGGAGCUGGGACAGAGCAACGGGAGCUCACCCUGUCGCAAGGAUUCGAACCGCCAACCUUCCGAUCGGCAAGCCCAAGAGGCUCAGUGGCUUAGACCACAGCGCCACCUGCGUCCCUGCAUUAUGCAUUUCAUAAUGUAAGACACUCUUGGUUGAUAUUAGAUGGGGUGGCUGUAUGCUGGAAUCAGAUCACUUAAGGCUUUCAUGCUAAAAACCAGUACCUUAACUUUUUAUUGGCAUGGUAUAAAGUUUAGGCUUGGAAGGGUUAGAGAGCUUUCGGAUCAUGAGGAGCAUUUGCUUUCCUCAUGACCUUGUGGUGUGAGCUAGGCCACAGUUCUUCUUCGUUUUCAGAUGGUAGCAGAGAGACUAUUACUGGUCCCAAGUAAGAUUGGGCAGGGAUUUGAUUCCAGGUUCAGAAUCUUACUUGUCCGUGCCUAUGGAACCUUUUAGGUCACAUUGCAUAAAAGGUCUCAGCUUGUGUAGAACUGUUCUGGAAACUUGUCUCUCUCCCAACGGGGUUAGGUUGGUGGGUCACCAGCAGCAUAAUGAUAGUGUUGCUGUUCCAGUAUCACAGGCUUCCUCAAACUUGCCCCCCCCUGAUGUUUUUGGCCUACAACUCCCGUGAUCCCUAGCUAGCAGGACCAGUGGUCAGGGAUGAUGGGAAUUGUAGUCUCAAAACAUCUGGAGGGCUGAGUUUGAGAAAGCCUCCAGUAUUAGCUCUGCAUUCCUACUGUGUCCAAGGCAGAAUUCAAGGUCAAUGUUUUUAAGUUAGCCCUAAGUGACUUGGAUCCACUAUGCCACCGCACAGUGGAGGCUGCUUCUAUUAGGUUGCAUGAAGCACUGCCCAACCAGCCUCAAUCUGUCUUCCUGUUGACCUAUCUUCUUAUUUACAAUCAAUCCAGGGGAUAGCACGGCCUAUCAGUGUCCUCCUCCUUGGUCUCAGUGUUGCAAGAGGAGCCAACACUCAGCGGAGAGGAGGAUGAGGACUAGAGUAGAACUUGUUUGCUCUGUUUGUUUGCUCUGGCUCUGAUUCCACAUACUGUUUGAUCUCCCCCCCCCCCUCUGCACUGCCAGUCUGAAUGAGCACCAGCCACCACAAUAUGUUCUGUCAACUAAGCAGAGGCGGAUUUAGGGCAAUGCAACAGGUUUUACUGCACUGGGCGCUGAGUCUAGGGGGUGCCGCAGGGUGUCCCAACUAUGAAAGUUGAACAAAAUGGAAGGCAAGGGGCAGGGGCUGCCAAGUGUUGGCCUCACACAGGGAGCCACUGAAAUUUGAAAGGCCAAUCCCUGAAGUAAGGCUGCAAUCUAGGCCCCAUUAAACUCAAUGGGACUUACCUCUAAGUAGACCUGAGAUAGUAUUAACUAGGAGUGUCUCAGACUAGACCUAUUGAAAUUAAUGGAUCAUAGCUUCUGUUUACAAAUUUCACUGGGUCUACUCUGAGUAACACUUAGUUGAAUACCACUCAUAAAAAACAGGAUUUGCACCGUAAGAGCUCCAUCUUACUGACAGUCUCCGUGCCCAGUUAGAACAUCACAUGCACACAGACAGAAGGCUAUUUAGAUCUACCAAAGCUUAGGCAUUUUUUUGUUUGUCUGGCUUUUGGUGAUAUAUAUUAUGCUGGCUGGGAUCGGGUUUUAAUCUGCUUUUUAAAGUGUUUGUUUGAUGUGUAAGGAAAAUAUUUUUUCAAAAAUGAUUAUUUCUGCCACAGUGCAAUAUUGCUGCUUAGAGUGCAUUGAAGGGUAAAAAGGUGGAGGAGGUUACUAAUAAGAGCAAGAAUGAGGUGGUAGCAGCUUUAUGCUACAUUUAACAUUAAGCUUUGUCAGAAAGUGGCAUUAUUUUCCAUUGUGUUAUACAUGAGAGCUUAAUCAUUAGUGGGAAAUGUUUGGCUCAGACUGAGUUAUGAGCUCACAGAAGUAUGCUACUAGGAAGUAUGUGCCACUGAACUUAAUGGGACUUACAUCAGAGUAAAUAUGUAUAGAAUUGUGCUGUCAGCGCUCACUUUCUCUCCCCCACCCUGUCCCUCUCUCAAAUAUAAAUAUAGAUGGCUUUAUGAGCUAUAAUAAAUGAGAGUAAACUUCGGGAAUUUAGGAACAGGAUAGAAAUUUGAACUAAGGGACUAGCCUUGAAGCUAGCCUUUGAAUCCUAGAAAUGGUUCUGCUCCAGAUCAUGUGAAAUGAUAGGUUAAAAAAAGAGAACGUCCUUGGACAUAAUAUGGAGUGCACUUUGCUCACUAGAAAGCUGCUGUAAACAGCCCCCUUCACACACAUUUGGGAGAAACUUCCAGAUGGGUGUGAAUUGAUGUGAGUUCUGAGCCCUAUCAGGUGAGGUCUUCUUUCUUUCUUUUUCUUAUAUAAGGAAAGAAAGAAAAGAAAAUAAGACCUGACCAUGAAGCGCUUUGGUUCACAGGCUGGAUAUGUGAUAAGAGCUCUAACUGACAGAGGAAGUUAAGAGACAGGCUUUGCUUCUAUUUGCUAUUCCAGUGGUGAAUUAUUCACUGUCUUUUGACCCUUGCAGUUUCCUUCUCUGUGUGACCUCCCCUCCUUUCCCAAGCAGUGUCUGCUAGAAGAGAUCUGCCUCCUGGAUGUUUUGACAGAUACUGGAUCAGAUACUGAAGGGGCCUUUUCUAUGCUUAGCAUAGCGUGAAGUCCAUCACACUCCCCUCCUCACACUGGGAUAUAUUUUCCCCUACUUUGCCCUCCCUAGGGAAGCGGACAUUCACACCAGCUUUGCACCCAAACCAGCCAAGCCUCUUGAGACAAAGUGUUUGUUUGAACACUAAUGGAUUUUAGUUUGCUUCAGACUUUCAAUCUCAAGAGAAGUUAUAGCUCAGUGCAUUGUUUUGGCGUAGACCACGGAAAGAGCAUUGUUUGUCCUACUUAAAUAUACAGGACGCAGGAGAGAGGCCUUUCAAGUUCUCUCUGAAAAAUAAUGGGCAUACUUGCAAGGACUGAACUUAUACUAGGUGGGGCUUUUGAGCAGACAGACAAAGGUCAAGGAGGAGUGUAGCUAACACAUCACUACAGGGAGGGCGAAGUGGAUUAUGGUUCCUUAUUACAUUACCACUACAGCUGGCUGUUGUCAAACAAAAGCUUCUGACCACAACCAAUUAUUUACCUAAUCUAGAGAAGCUCCAUUGACUUCGGUAGGAAAGUGUGAGUUUUGAGUGCCUGCCUUUCUCUGUCAGAACUUUCCAGUAAUACCAGAAGUCUCCAGAAGAGAAGAGAAGAGAAGAGAAGAGAAGAGAAGAGAAGAGAAGGGCCUUGGAGCCACCAUCGUUGUAUAGGUGACAGAGCAUGUUCCAGGGACAAUUUGCUUCAUUCUUGCAGUACUUUGUCACCAAGUGGAGACACUUACGGUAUGUCAUUCACUCUUGGAUGCAGCCAUUAAAGGUCUGGGGCCUCAGCUGCUACUACAUUUGACCAUUACCUCCUUUUAUUGCAAAGAUACCAAAUUAUUAAGUAGCAUUAAUGCAGUUAUUUCCCCUCUUUUAUUUAUUUUACAAGAUUCAUAUUCCAGCUUAAUUAACAAGAAUCUCUAAGUGGUUCACAUAAAAAAUAUCCAUAAAAAUAUCAAUAAACUCAAAUGUUAAAAACAUAUUGAAAUUAAAAUUCAUCAAAAUAUAAUAAAGUCAUUAGUUUUCAAACAAACACACACUAAAAUCACAUGUUGAAAUUAUGUGUCUGGGCAGGCUUGCUAAAACAAAAAUGUUCUUAGCAGGGACAGGAAACAGUGAAGGCGGCUGCCUAAUUUUAGUGGGCAGGUGUUACACAGGCAAAAAUAAUCAGGUCCCUGCCUCCCAGGAGCUUACAUUAACAAAUAAUUAAUGGAGGAAACAACAGAGGGAGGGAAGCAAGAGACAAAAUUAGGAAGAAUGUGGGCAAAUGGUAUUAAGCUUGGUUAAGAUGCAAGUAAAUCCUAGGUGAAUUAACUUGGGAAGAAAGCCUUAUAGCACAUCCUUACUUCUGAGUUAACAUGCACAGUAUCAGACUGCAAAACACAAACAAUGGCAUUUGACAGGAUUACAGGCAGCCUAGUGAUUGCAGCUAGGGAAAGAGAUGUGGUAAAUGGAACAAUUCUCCCAUGCAUUCUCAUAAUGUAUCUGGCCACAUGCCUCUUUCUUUUUCAUGUUUAAUAGUUUGAAACUGUAUGUAUUCUAGAGGCAAUGUCAUUCUGUAUGUAAAAAAGACACAGAGUCAAACAAAGGGGCAGAUUCCACCAUAGAAUCACUAUGGUUGGCAAUAUGACCCCACAAAAAUCAGCUUAUUGGAGAUGUAAGAUUGCCUUCCUGAACAAAAUACUCAAGGUGAUCUUGAGAUGGAGGAUCAGUUCAGGAAGGUAUCCAAAGAAGAAUGUGUUGCAUUAACAGGUGACUGAUUAUACAUACAUUAGGUAAAUGCAUGUUCUAGUUCACAACAAAGAGGUAAUCACCCAGAGCACUUGGUGUCGGUCAUGGAACCAACUAGAGAGGUGGUGACUUUUAAGUGGCAUCCAGGACCUGGUGUGAGGCAUGUUAUUGAACGAACUGGAAAUAAUGGUCAAAUUCAGUUAAUAUGUAAGUGGAGAAAGGCCAAGAAUGUCCAACAUAGCUUGGACAUCAAAAGAGGAAAUUUCUGAAAAAGGAGGAGGUGACUAGUGGAAAAGUUGAACAAGGAAGCCAAAUCAGUCAAAUUUCUUCAGAACACUUGAGAGAAACAUUCAAAACUGCCGUAAAUGGAUGCUCAGUUAAAACAUAUACUGCAGAUCAGGAAAGGUACCAUCAAGUCCAACAGAACACCUGUGUGGUUAAUGAGCAGAAGCUCACUAGAGACCCUGCAGUGCCCCCUGGGCUUGGCGCACAUUGCAGCAGAUUCACAGCCUGAUUUACAGAUGACAACAAAUUAUUUGAGGUUGUAAAAGCAAAAAGCAUUUGUGAAGAUCUCCAAAAGGAGAUUGCCAAACUGGGUGAGUGGGUGAUAGAAUGGCAAAUGUGAUUAAAUUUAUGUAUACACAUUAGGCUAAUAAUUAAUAAUGAUUAUAAUAAGACUGAUAACUCUUAACUUCACAUAUACAUGGAUGAGGGCUGAGCUGGCAGUGACUGACCAGGAAAGGGAUCUUGAGGUCAUGGUGAAGUAUGAAGCUGCAGCUGUGAAAAAGGCAAAUUCCAUGUUGGUGAUCAUUAGGAAAGCGAUCAAAAAUAAAAGUACCAGUAUGCAUUUAUUAUACAAAGUUAUGGUGUGACCCAUGCAUGGAAUACUGCAUAGAGUUCUGGAUGCUGCACCUCAAAUAUGGCAUGGGAAAAGGAACAGCAAAGAAGCAAAGUUAUCAGUGCAGAGUGACUUCUCUAUGAGGCAAGGGCUUUAUUGUACAGGAAAAAGACAACUAAUAUGGGCAGGGAGAAUAGAAAGUAGACAGAGAUGUUUUUCUUCUUUCUCAUAAAUAUGAGAACUCGGGGCCAUGCAAUUAAGCUGAAUGGUGGGACAUACAGAACUUUCCCCUCACACAUGGUGUAAUUAAAGUAUGGAGCUUGCUACCACAAAAUAUGAAAGCAACCAUUAAUUUAGGUAAAGGGUAAAGGGACCGUUAGGUCCAGUCGUGGCCAACUCUGGGGUUGCGGCGCUCAUCUCGCUUUAUUGGCCGAGGGAGCCGGCGUACAACUUCCGGGUCAUGUGGCCAGCAUGACUAAGCCGCUUCUGGUGAACCAGAGCAGCGCACAGAAACGCCGUUUACCUUCCUGCUGGAGCAGUACCUAUUUAUCUACUUGCACUUUGAUGUGCUUUCGAACUGCUAGGUUGGCAGGAGCAGGGACUGAGCAAUGGGAGCUCACCCCGUCGCAGGGAUUCGAACCGCCGACCUUCUGAUCAGCAAGUCCUAGGCUCUGUGGUUUAACCCACAGCGCCACCCACGUCCCCAACCACUACUUUAGGUAGCUGUAAAGGGGGAUUGAACAAAUCCAUUGAUUUCAAGCUUCUCAGUGGCUCCUAUUCAUGAUGUUAUCUCCAGGAUUAGAGGCAGUAUACCCCUGAGUUACCAGUUACCAGGGAACAACACUGGGAGAGGGCUAUUACUCUCAUGUCUUGCUUCCCACAGGCCUUCAGUUGACCAUUGUGAAAACAAGAUGCUGGACUUGGCAAAUCCCUGGUCUGAUCCAGUAGGGCUCUUGUAAUGUAGAUAAUCUAAUUUCAGGAUUUGUCACUUCCCCCUGAACAGAAAUGUGGAUUUUACUGGAAGAUAUGUCUAGCUUUGGGUUACAGAUGAAACUUGUGGCUUCUGGAGCUAGACACUGAGUCCUGUGAAGAAAGCUAGUGUUGUAUAAAAAGAAAGGCACCUUUGCUUGGCUUAUGCUUUCCUGGAAAAUAGCAUUCAGCUCUGUGAACUGUUUCUGGCUAAUUCCUCUUGGAAGUGCAACUCAGCUUGUACUGAAGACUAAGUGGGUUUGCGCAGGAGAAAGUAAAGAGAGAGAGGAACCUCUAAACCUCCUAGACUAUCCUUUAACCUGUGAUGAGCUUUCCUUGGGUGCUAGACUGAUGCUCUCAGGGCUGUUUUCUUAAUUCUCUUACUUCUCCUUCUUCCUCUUCACCUUUGAGGAGGAGACAUAUUUGUUUGUUACUCUUGCUGAAAUCGAAGAGCUGGCAUGAGUCUUUGUAUUUCUACCAUAGUUAGACAGAUCAAAAACUUUCCUAUCAAGUAUGUUCUUCCUUUGCUUUCCUAAACUCAGAGUCACAGUUUAUAACCAAGGGUAAAGCAGAAAUUCAAGCACUUAGCUCGGCUUUCAAGCUGUGUGUUAAAUCUGCACACAUAUUCCAAGAAUUCCAGAGGGGUGAUGUCUACUGCUGCUCAAGUGGUGAGAGAGAUCAGACAUCAUCUUCAUCAUCACGACCUGAGGGCUCCUUGGCUGAGCCCUAGCACUGAAAACAGGUUCCUCCGCACAAAUUCAGUCCUCACAGGGGAUGUGGGUUGAAUCCUCAAAUUAAACUAUCACAUGGGGGUGGGGGAUGACAUAUAUCCUGUUGCGAAGUCAAUGUUAAAAUAUGAAAGGUUCUGAUCUAUGUCUGCAUAGUGUUGGACACCCAACACUAACUUCAGUGGAUUUCAGGUCUGGGGAAUUACUAAAGAACUCAGCAGCUGAGACCCUACCUGCCUUCUCCAGAACCAGCAGGAUUGGACCCUUACUAGAAAAAGCCCUCAGCCUACUGUGUUUUUGUUCUGCUCCAUGAAGGACCCAAUCCUGCCUAUUAGGCGAUACAGCAGGGAUCACUUUGUCAAUCCUGUCCGCGUGAGGCCCCGCCUGUAGGGAUUGCUUUCCCACUCUUGCAGAUCAGUUCUCCUAUCCCCCUCAGCAACGCAUCAAUCCCUCUUUGCUUGUUAUGCGAGGAGUGUGAAAUAACAAGCCACGGAGGGCUUAGAGAGGCACUUUCAGAGGGGGUGGGCCCUGGUUUCCCCACAGCUCGGAGCAACGUCUGGUUCCUAGAAGGGGUCGCUUUCAAAUUCACCAGCAAAGCGAUAAGAAGAAGAAAAGGUGGGUCUGCAAAAUGGAAGAACCAGGCGUCCCAGCGGCACGUGUUUAUCUGCAGCAUCGGACGUCGCUUGCAUGUUGGAAGGAGCCGCAGGACUCUGGGAUGCUUCUGCCCCAGUCCCUCCGCAGCCCCAGAGGCGGAGCUGCCCGAUUGAAACGGGGCUAGCUGUAAAGGGGUUGCUUUGGUGACUAGGCCACUUGUUUGUGCUCCUUCGAAGCGGGAGGGCUGCAGAAGAAGAAGCAGCUCCACCGGUUCAGGCGGGCGAGUAGUCCCGACGUGGCCUCCUACUGCAAGAGCCACCCACUUUGAAUCCUGCAGCUCCGAUUGUGGGUUCAGAACAGCAGCAGAUGCUCCUCUCUCUUUCAGCCCCUUGAACAGGCCUUAGCUGACUCCUCCAGCCUCUGUGACAGCAAAACUCUUCGGCUGUUUUUAAUCUCUGCUGCCCCAUUAAAGCUGGGUGGAUUCUGGCCUCUUGCACGCUGUUGAUGGUGGAGACAGCACGCAAAGAAAGGCCCCGAUUCUGAGUCAGCCCAGUGGAGUUCUUAUGGGGCGCUCUCCAGUACAUAUCUGAAGAAGGAUUGGACGCAAUGUAAAGAUCGCUUACAGAGCAAUCCUAUGCACGUAUAUUCCGAAGAAAGUCCCAUUGAGUUAGGUGGGAACUUACUGCAUAUAGGACUGCAGUCAAAGGCUUACCCGGGAGUAAAGCCCGACUGAGUUCAACGGGACUUUCCUUCUGAGCAGACGUGCAGAGGAUCCUGCUUGUUAAUACGGAUUAGUGAUCUUUUAGCCAUCCUGAGCGCUCUCCGAUAGCCGGCUGUGAGUGAAAGGAGAUAGCCCCCCCCCCUUUUCGGUGCACACUUAUUUGUGGAUCUGGAAUUCUAAUCUAAAACCAGCGACAGUGAGUGCAGAUGGUGGCGGGGCAGUUAACUCCGGAUUGAUUAAUGUGAUGCGGAGCAGAAGGGUGUGAUCUUGUGGAUGUGGCGUUGAAACAGCAACUGCUCGAGGCCUCAGGUGGCGAAGAGUCUGUUCAGAUGCUGAGGAUGCAGACCGGGUGGGUUGGGUUGGGAACACUUGGGAAAUAUAGUCAUUCGCCCAUUGGUUUCUCAGCAGUCGGGGAAGGGGUAAAAAAAAAAAAUCUUUAUAGGGUGAAACAGGCAAUCAAGUGAAAUCUAUCCUCUUUAAAUAAACGGAUUCCUCUGUAUUUUCCCAGUGUUGGUGAAAGUUGUUGUCUCUGACAUUCCCCUGGGCUUUUCCCUCUGCACUCUGAUUUGGUGUAUAAAAGCAGUCCUGAAUGAUGGAUUACUGUGUCAUUGCAGCCUGCGAAGGAUUAAUUUGUUUCAUUGAUUUCUCUUUAGGCAGAUUGCCAGAAUCCGCCGCUUCCCACCUUUCCCCGAGACUUCCAGCAGUAAUAGACAGUAAUAGCCUAAGACAAAUCAGCCAGUUUUGUGUAAAAAUAGAAAACGCAGAACCCCUUUACGCUGAGCUCUCUCCGGGAGAAGUUGGUCGCCUGCGCCUCUGUGCUCAGAAAGUAAACGGGUCUGUGAAUAUCUUAAAAGAGGAUCUUUAACAACAAGGGGGGCGGGAAGGGAAUAUUGAAUUGGAAUGACUGGCAGUUCUGUGCUCCGGCUCCACCCCGGAGUCUCCUGCUAGUGCUGGUCUCUUUGCCAAUGUUGGCAGUCGAAUCAUAGAAUUGCAGAGUGGAAAGGUACCAUAAGGGUCAUCUAGUCCAACCCCCUGCAAUGCAGGAAUAAAGACGAGUAACUCGGAGCAUGUGCAGAAUGCCUUUUUCUUUCGUCGCACUUGGGGCUUGCAGGUCAGCUUCUGUGUGGGAAAGACCCCCUUUAAGAAAUACGGGUGUGAAACGCAACCAUUUCCAUCCAUGAGAUUAGCCACUGAUGUCAAUGAGUGGCGUCUGCUUUGGAGGCAACAGUUCUUAAGAAGGGCGAGUAGCAACAGCGCCCGACGCAGCCGCCCCAGCCCUUACUGGCCCAUAAUGAGAAGCCAUUGGAAAACCAUUAAAGGGCAUUUCGUGGCUGCUCAACCCCGGUUCAGUCCAAUAGAAGAAAACAAGGCAAAGCAAGAGUUCAUUCUUUUUAUAUUAGGCGUCGGCCUAUAGCUAAUCUGUUAUCGAUCUGUCUCUCCGUAUGUCCGUCUGCGAUAUUGCCAAGACACGUCAGGCUUCAGAGUCCCCUCCCGAGUGCAAUGUAGGGAGGAAACCGUCUGAUCAAUUUGUCUGGAAGCGUUAAGAGGGUCAUUUGAUUGGAAAAACCAAAGACACUCGAGCUAGACGGGCAGAUGGGGAAUCAUGCCACGUUCAGACAUAGAGAAAAGUCACGCCCAUUGUUACAUAAGGAGAUCGCCAGAGUAUGUGCGCUUGCAGACUUGAGUCAAGUUGCGAUCCUAUGCGUGCUCUUACAUAGGAGUAGGCCCCAUCGAACUCACUGGGGCUUACUUCUAAGUAGACCAGCACAGGAUUGCACCUCAUAAGACUAAAUACUUCGGCUUAAGUGAGCUAUUAAUAUGACUAAUAAUUUUACUCUUGGAUGGAGUGAGCCAGGGUUCCAAAUUCGCAUCAGCACCUUUGAUCUAUUUGGAAACAAUGUGCUUUUUUCCCCCUUUCCAAAAAAAAGAGCAGUUGCUGAGCAAAUAAUACUCAACUACAACAACCAACUUACUGCGUUUGGGAGAGGCAGAAGUGAUUUGUUUCCGGAGCUGGAAACUGUUCUGAUUUAGUGAUAUCAACUUUUAUUUACGGGUAAUGAGUAAACUGUCAAUCAGUUAAAGGCUUAUUUUUUUAAAAGGUUGAUGAGCUGUCUGGCUUUCAACUUAUACGUCGAUGAAUUGACCGGCUGCCUAGAUUUGGAAGUCGGUUAAGAUAGGCAACCGAGGAGGUUAGAUUUAUGAUUGAGAAAGAACCACGUAUUGCCAGGAUGGAGAAGCUGCCCCGCCCCGCAAGAUGUUGCUGGACUAUAGCUGGUAUCAUCCCUAACCAUUGGUCAUGCUGGCUAGGGCUGAUGGGGAUUGGAGCCUAUCAUCACCUGGAGGGCCACAGUUUCCCCAUUCCUGAAACAUUCGGCUGUUGCCAAUAGACCUAUCGGCUCCGAGCAAUUUUCUUCCUUUUCUAAUCUAAAUCAAACUCGGGAAACCAGAUUCCCCCGAUGCCGACGUAGUUAAAAAAAAGCUAUGGUUAAAACCAGUUUAAACCAUGGUUAAAGCCAGUGCCCAGCCCAGGCCUACAAGUUCCUGAAGUUCAGUCUCGGCGUGACGCCGACGUGGACUGUGAGUCAGCUUGUUAAGUUUACCAGCCGGGGGAAGAAACCAGCAUCGCUUGAAGUCGCGUCGGAGGAGAAGCCUUUAGAUCUCUCUGGGAUAUGCCUCUGAAUGUGAGCUGGCCAAUCGCUGCUUUCCUCUGGCGGAACUCUGAUUCUACCCCAGGAGCGUCUUCCAGAUUCUCAUGGGACGCCGGAGCAGCCCAGAGCCAUCGUGGGAGGUUUGUGUUCAGUUCCAAAGAAACAUUAGUUUUGUUAAGUCGGCGGAAAGAAAGCCCUUUGACAAGAUCCAGUCGCCUUGAAGAAGACCCUGAUAACGCUUCUGUGAAAACCAUCCCUUGAUGUCCAACUUUGAGAGCGCUGUCUUUAAUUAAUUACUUGACCAUUGAAAAUGUGCUCAGUGCGGCAGAAUUUAUUAUUGUGGCUCUUGCAACAAUUCUGGUAUUAUUUCCAUUUUAUACACAGGAAAAACACAGUCUUAUGGCAGAGGUGGGGCUUGAAACAGGGAGGGGAGCCUAUGGCCCCUUUCAGUGUUACUAGACAACUCCCAUGGUAGCAUGUUGACCAUGCUUACAGGAGCUGAUGGAAGUUGGGGUCCAGAAAGAUCUGGUUGGAGCCACCAGCUUCCCUAUCUAGGGAGAGAGCUUAAUUCCCUAUCUAGGGAGUAAGUUGGACAUACUUCUGAGUAAACAUGCUUAGGAUCACUCUGGAACCGUGCAAUCCUAUGCACAUUUACUUGGGAGUAAGUCAGUGUGUUCAGUGAGCCUAAGUUCCUAGUAAGUGUGUUUUGGGUUGCAAACUGAGUCUUCCAGAUCUAAAGGAAGAUGGACCAAAAUAGCAAGCGAUUGAGUUCUGCAGAACUCUUCAUCAGGCUGGCUGCUGAGCAAAAGUGUGUGUGGUAGGGAUGAACAGAAAGCUGGUAUAAAGAUAAAGCCAUAAAGUCUGUAGCUGCAGCAGUCUAAGAUGGAGUCCUGGAGGGAUUUUUUCAUAGUGAAUUUGAUUAGCAUAUGCUAGGUGCUAAUAGAUUUCAGGUGCGAUUCUGGGACUAUGAAACACUUAUAUGUCUCAACAGGGCUCCCUAUGAUUUUUGUAUGUUCCAGAUCUGGAAUUGCCACCAUUUUUGUCCCUUGGCAAUGACCAUAUGCUCUUAACAGCAGCACCAGAGGCAGAAAUUCAACAGAUGUAGAAUGGGAGAUAUGCUGGUGGAAAAGCCAUAUCUGUUUAUUUUCUGCCUAUUCAGCUAAUUUUUGUGCACCCAGCUAAUUUUCUUUCAACUGAAGCACACUAGUUAGCCAUAUGAAGUAGCCCUUCACCCUGUUAUGAAUAUCUGCAGGUUCUCUUGCAUAAGUCCUAUUGAAAGGCCUGGGGUUAGGGAACUGUGCAAAAUCUAAUACACAGUGGAAAUUGCUUCUUCUGAGUAAACAUGCAUUGGACCAGGCUACACAUAUAAAGUACAUUUGUUGAAUAUGUGGCUUGAGAAAUCCUGUUAUGAAACUGUUCUGUAAGAUUUGCCACAACAUGCUUAGCUGUCCAGUUAUCUAUGCAACAGAAAAUACAAAAGUGGGACAAAGGAGUCCCAGUGAACUCCACAACUAGCUCAGUGAUCAGUGGAAGAAAGUGCUUUGCGGACUGAGGCAAAUGAUUGCAAUUCUGUAUAUUUUUAUCUGGAGGUAAACCCUAUUGAAUUCUAUAGGGUUUACUUCUGAGUAAAUAUGCAUGGUAAAUCAUGUAUUUCAUAGAUCUGUUUCUAUGCACAAAUUCAGAAAAAUACACAUUGGCAGUUGACGCAUGUCAUCUUUGUCACGAUAAACAAAACUGUGUGUACAGGAACAAAAAUACCACUCUUUGAACAUGCAUGAAACAUAGUAUUGUGAUAUUAAUUGCAUUGACUCAACCUUCCAGAACCAAACUCAACACUGUGCAAGGCCAUUAGCACACAAAAGAUGAGCAAAACAAAACAAAACAAAACAAACCACACACACACACACACACACACACACACAGAGAGAGAGAGAGAGAGAGAGAGAGAGAGAGAGACUGGAGGUGCAAAUCUAAUGCAUACUUUUAUAGGAAUCAGACCUAUUAAAUUUUGUGGGACUUCCAAGUAAACAUGCAUAGCUUGAAUUUGCACAGGAAAUAUGUGCAAGCAAGAAAGAUAUCUAUUUGUUACUCUUUAACGGGCUUCUUGAAACCACUUCACUGUUACUUAGAAGCCUGCAGUAUUCUUCAACCAACAGAAGGCUUUCUAAGGCAAGACUUCAACUUGUCUUGUCGGUCUUCAGUAAUUAGUAGCCAAGACUCAAUAUAAUAAUGCACAACACUGAUGAAAUAAACCACUUCUAAAAUGGCUCCCACUUGGGACCACUUUAUGGUCACGUUUGUUAAUUCCUCAAAUGUUUUAUUAUCCCUCUUCCACUCGGCAUGGCAAAUCAGAGCCCAAACAGUCAAUGUAUCCUCCCGGCCCUUUCUUGUUCUUUUGCCACCUACAAAAAGCAGUAAGAUGAAUUUCAGUGAAAUCCAAAUCUGAAACUCUAAAACAAGGCUGCAGCCUUUCAUCCCUACAGAACCGGAGAGAAACAAGAGCCAGCUAGAUUAGCAAACAUUAACCCCUCGAACAGGAGUGCACGCCUAUUGAAGUGACAGAUGUACGCUCCUCACAGAUUUACUUACUGUACCUUUUAACACUCAUCAGUUCCAAGAGCUGCGUAUAAUAGCAACUUUAUCCUUGUCAGGAAAAGGCUUAAUGUUACAUUACAAUGUGUUUUCUCAAAUUUAUAUUGUUUGAAAACUUAAUUCUCAGUUAUUGUAUUCAAAGUGCACAUGAGAUUAACACUUAGCACCAGAUCUAAUAUAGCAUUGGGCAAGACCACCCACAGUAUUUCCAGCUGUGACCUUAGGAUCAGUUUGUCUUUGGGCAAAAUUGAGCCCCCCCCCCCGCUCAUGCCAGUGCUGGAUUUACACAUAGUUAAAGCUUAGUUGCUGCCCACAUGGUGUCCUAUAGGUUUCUUAGUACUUGUACAUUAUUAACAUCUUUAUUCUCAUGAUCUAUGGGAAAUUUGCCUUUUAUCUGAAUAAGCCUUUCUUAAGGAGCCGGACCCCUAGAAAUGACAUUUUUUUUGAAGUUGCAUGUAUGAAACUCUUAGUGACUAAAAUAAAGCAAAGUAUUUUUUAAAUAAAAAAAAAUUAUAUAUAUUUUUUGGCAGGGGGGAUCUGAUAAAAGAUAUUUCAGCUUUCAAAACAAAUUCAUAUCUCUUUUGCAUCAGCUGAAGCCCUGUGUAGCCCUACUGGGAACAUUUAAAAAAGAAAGGCAAUUCUAUUUUCAGAUGAAGUUGUAUUUAAGUAAAUGAAUUAAGGCAUUGCUUUACUUUUUAUGUGAACAUAAAGAGUCUCUUGAAAGGCCUGUUGAUCCCUUGACCACUAAUAAAGACAGAUCCAUGAUGUGCAGUGAAAAUACUGGCUCUAUUGAACCAAACUGAGCAACCUAACCCCAGGCAUGGAUGAGCUUGUAGAACAGACACAGACCAGUGACCAGCAUGUACUUGAAUCAGGCAUGACUGUGGGAAAUACAUUGUACUCAAAGCCAAGUGGGGAGACUGAUGAUAAGGCUACUUCAAUAGUUUUGCUGACUGUGAUAGGCCCACAGGGGCAUCCUUGGUAAGUUAUAGAUGGCAAAGCUUUCCCUUGUGGGCUUUGGUACACUCUGGUAUUGUUCUCAAAGGGCAUUUGGAAACUUUUCCUGUGCAAAUUCCAUUGAAAUGAAAGGGACUGUCAUGUGAGCAGAAAUGUUAAAUUUCAAUCAGUUUGCUGAGGAAAUGGUUUCUUGGGGUGCCUGUGCCCUUGGCCAGACAUGGUCCAUGGUUUCCAUUUUUAUGUUAAAAGGGCUGUAAAAGAAACUUGUGAAACCAACUUUUAUGAAUAUAUUACUCCACGGCAUUUCCAGUUACAUUAGGACUCUUAAUCUAGAAGAAAGUUUUUCCCCAAUUCACUUCUAGGCUUGAAUAUAUUCCAAGAGCAUAACCAGAACUAAGUUAAAAAGGUUGUGGUUGCCACAGAAACUCCACUCACAAUUGCAUAAGGUCCUCAGAUUAUGGCAGCAACCUGCUCCAAUGUAGAUAAGAUGAUUCUUGAGGAGAGGGACUAAUAUCAGUGCCCCUCCUGUUCUUGGAAAUCUAGCACUUGACGCUCACAAGAACUGUAGGUGAAUGUUUCAGAACAACCAUAACCCUAGUUCCCCAAAAGGUGUGAGUUCACCAGAGAGACAGGCAUUCCUAAGUACAGAGAAAACAAAUUUAGUUGGUAUCUUGCCUUUGCCAGCUGUCAGAAGUAGGCAUUCUAGGUAGAUCUGUACGAAGUUGCUUCCAAAGUUUGUGGAAUCGUUAAUUCCUUCUCUGCAAAUUAUUCUGAUUUCAGUUUUCCCUGCAAUGAUUUAUAACAACAAGACGAACAGCAGCAUAUUAGUUUUACUGUGUUGUGAAAAGCCAAUAGCCUGAUGGGUCUUAAUUAUUAUUAUUUUUUUGCAGUACAGUAUGUUUUAUUAUUCACCUAGAAGUUUAAUGAGCUUGAUUUACAAGAGGAAGGGGUGUUCAACUGGCUAAUACACAAACACUUCUGAAGGAUAUUUAGAGUCUCUUGCCCAACCAUUAACCUCUGCUGUUGCAGGGCUUUUAUACUAAUGACAGUAAAAUCCAUUUCCCUGUUCUUUGUGUUGUUAUACCAAAGAUUAAAGUGAUGUUAUUUGCCAAAGCAAGCAAAGUCCACCAGUUUAGUUAAAAACUAGAAUUCUUAAUGAACAAUAAUUUUCUACUAAUCCAAAGGCAGAUGUGCACCAUGAGGGGGAGAAAAAGAGGAAAUGUUUAGUAUUGUUAUAGGCAUCUGUUUUAUUAAAAAUGCAUUUGACAGGGUGCUAAAAAGUUACUCUGUGAAUGCUUUGUUCUGUACGGUCCCUUUUGUUCCAUGUGGUGGGAUCUUGCAAAUGUAUAUUCUUAUGUUUGACCAAGCUAUCAGAAUUAGUUAUAUCCAAUUGUCUCUGUAACUCUACACUGCAUUAAACAUCUUAGCAGCUUUUUAGUUUUACUACAUUUCAGGGUAUUGAGAAAAUUGCUACCAUUAAGAAAAGUGGCUCUGAGGAGUCUGGAGGACUUCAGGAAUGUUAAUGUGUUGUAGAGACUUAAACAUGUUAGUUCCAAUUUGUUCCAGAUAGAUAGGAAAGCAACCCAUCUGAUUGCAGUUUGGUAACCUUUGCAUGAGUUCAUCCAUUACAUUUCCUAGCUGUAUUUUCAUGGGGUUUCUUGCAUAAAGGAGGCGAACAGAUUUUGAUAGUUUGGGAUUCAGCUAGCAGCCUGAAUUUAAGCUGUCUCCCUCGCGAUGUGCAUAAAUGUUAAAUAUGAGGCUGCAAUCCUAUACUCAAGUACCUGGGAGUAAGUCUCAUUUCACUCAAUGGGACUUAUUUCUGAGUAAUCAUGUGUAGGCGUGCACUGAUAAUAUGCUUAUAUGUCAAUUCUAAAGACAUUUAUGUGAAAGCAACAUUUCAAUAGAACUUUACUUCAAAGUGCUUAGAAUCGUAGUAGCUACGAUCAUGACUAACACUUCAUGUUAAACGCAUUUACUUGGGAGUACAUCUCAUUGAUUUUGAUGGUAUAUACUUGUAAGUAAAUGGAGUCAAUAAGGCACAUAAAUAAAUUAUUAUUUUUAUUCCUUUUUGGUAAAAUGAAUCACAGACCUCAAUGGGAACUGUGAGCCUGUUCAAAGCAUGCAUCAAAGAAUGCAAUGACUUAAAUCCAUGAUAAAUCAAUUUUCAAACUUGUGCAAUAUUGUAUGUAUAGUCCUUGCCAAUAUACUGUGACAUAGGGCUACAGAUUUUUCAUGUUCUGUGUUCUUUUAUUUUCCCUGUAUUUACACACUAAUCUUAUGUUAACUGUAAAAUGUCUAGGUUAUCAUCUAGGCACAUUGUAAAUAUGAAAAAUACUGUUUUUACUUACAGCCAACAGAAGUUUUAAAAGAAUAAAUAGUUCAGGGUGUUCUAUGACAAUUUAUAGCAAACCAAAUAUCAAUUAAAAUCCACUAAAAUAGAAUUAUUAUUCAGAGCUCAAUGAAGGAUUAUUAUAUUUUUUUGCUUUGUUUUAUUCUUUGUCUGAUGCAUGCUCAAUGUAUUUGUCAAUUUAAUUCUUCAUUAAUAUAUCUAUUGUGCUUCCUCAGCACAAUGCUCACAUUGGGCACAUGCAGAUUCCUAUUAUUAUUAUUGCUUGAAAAAAACUACUAUAUCAAAAUGUGCUUUUUAGGUUUCCUUUUAACAUGCAGCUGUAAAUCACAUACUUUUAAAAGUGAUUCCGGUUUAUAGAAGAUGUGCAAAAACACUGACAAUAAUAUAGUAUAUUUUGUAAAUGAAUUUGAAGAAGUCUAAAUAUAUAUUUUAAAUUAAAUUAACUGUACAUUCUAAAUAUCCCCCUCAUUAGAUCUCUCUGGAGAGAGAAUUCUUAUUCUGCGCUGAAAUGUGAUCUCACAUUGGUGCAUUGUUAGUGCCACAUUUCACAUACAAGUUCUGGAGCUGGUAGCAUUUCAUUGCAGGAGGAAGUUAACCAUCAUAUUUUGGAUCAAUUUUAUGGGAAUUUACAAUUAGUUUUAAUAGGAAGUUUGUUUCACACACAUGGAUUGCUGAAAGAAGGCUGAUAAAGCAACUGCAGACUUUACGGUCCUCCUGUCUAAAAGAACAGCAAUGCCACUGUAGAAAUAUAUCAUUGAAUAUGUCAGUCAUGUCCUUUUAAAAGCUUUUUUUAAAAAAAGGCAAGGCAAGGAGAAAAAGACUUCAGACUCGCAACAUCCAUUGCAGGAAGUGUAAAAAUGUUAUAGGGGACCAAUCUACCUUAACCAUAUCUGAUUAUAUUUGGAUCAGUUAUGUUUGGUUCAAACACCAGCAUACCUAAGUCAUUAUGAAAGUAUUGUACAAUAAAUGUAAAAUGGGGGGGGGGGGAGUCUGGAUGCUACUGAACAUGGCAAACAGCAUGUCCAAAAAUUUAUUACGUAAUAAAUAAAUUUCUGUGAAGGUCUUCCUGUGUAGUGGCAGGAGUCUGUUUUAUUUUAUUCUUAUAUGAAAAGAAAUCAAAUGAAUGCAAAAUGUAUUUAGGGAGACAUGUGUCAAAUGUAGCUUAGUUUUUCUGUUUCCAUAUCUUUAGCUGGAUCACAGUUUUUGCAGAAAUCUACAUUUGGCGAUCACAUGUUAUUUAGUGCUAACAUGUUAAUAGGUUGAUAAUCUGUAAAGAUUAAGAGGCAGGGGAAGGGAUGCUGCUGUUAAACAGAUGGCAUGCUAUAUGAAUUAUGUCAUUUCUAUAGUUAUAAAAUAACUUGAGAAAAUGUACUGUAACAGUAUGCUAAGAUUCAUUACCCCCAAAAUGCUUUCAGGAGGAAAUGGGGAUGGGAGCAUAGACUCUUUCUCCACAAGCUUUACAUCAUAAAAAGGUUCAGCUUUCAUGAAGAAAAGAAAUCUAGCUUUGUCUGUUACUCCAGUGGUCACUCUCUCUUUGUAUGCGCAUUAAAUAGCCGAAUAGAUUCAUGCAAAUAACUGUGGGGUGUUUAAUUUGUUCUACUGAAGUAGAGACAACUACCAGCAAGAGCAAUAAAAGUCGCAUAAUGAAAUAAGAAUACUACGAAAUCCAAGGAUUUUAGUGUGGCCUGUUAUUCAUUCAAUUCCUGGCAGCCUUUAUGAUUACAAAUCACUUGAUUGACUAACUAGACAUUCUCAGAGUGAAUUAUGAAUCAGAUUCAUUUUUCCUGGUUGAUAGUUGGUACAUGUUGUAACUCUUCCUCUCUGUGAUAUAUCAAGUUCUUGUAACAGUAAUAAGAGAUAUAAUCAACUCUUUAUUUCAGGACAAAUAAAUUGCCUUUUCAAAAAAUGAAAUGUGGCUGCUAACAUUUUAACAGGGCAGCAAUGUAAUUCCUGCCUGCUAUUCCAAGGCGGAAGCUGAUGUGAUGAAAUAGCUUUUAAGUAUUUGACUUUGCUGAAAUUAUUUGAAGAGUAAUAUACCUUCUGUCCAUACAUGGAACUCCCAUAGACUUCAGUGGAAAUUAUCAGCACUGAUAUGGGGAAAUAGUGGCCCAUUUCUUGUUUUGGAAACAAAAAAAUCCUGAAACAAUGGAAUCAAAAAAUAACCAGUGAUUUUUGUAGGAAUAUGUGAAGAAUAUCCCUGAAUGACAACGCUGACACUGGAAAAACCCACAAGAUUUAAGAACAGACUACUAAUUGGCCAUUGUCAGUCUGUCUAUUUAUUGUACAGUUUCAUCAGACUAUUUAAUAUGAGCCAUAUGGUGAAAGAGAAAAAGCGUAAGAAUGAAUGCACAAGGCACAUUUCAAAUAUGAUUUUAAAAUACUGCAAAUCUGAAUUACUGCUGUAAUUUCACAUAGUCUGAAUCAGCCCAAAUUGGGCCAACAUGGGGUAGCUGAUAGAAACCCUUCCUAAGGACACUUCAUCACAUGGUCAAUAGGAAGUCACUUCAAGGAGGGAAUGAAUUUGGUAGAUGUCUAGUAGUUUGAGGGAAAUUUCUCUUGGAUUUUCAAUGUACCAUGGGCACUCCUUAUUUUCAGGUCAGUGUAAAUUUCAUGACAACCAGAAAAUGUGAUGGAUAUACACCAUCUAGAUGAGUCACAACACUAUUCAGAUAAGUGAGAGCAGAACAUCAGGCAAUAUUGUUUUGGCUCUCCGGCUACCGAGAUGGAGAGACGUGUGAGCAAGUGAGCCAUUGCAGAGCAAAGAAGGAAAAGUGGCACAAUGUUUAGAAACGAAACCUAACAAGAGGUGCUUUUUGCAAUUAAGCACCCUUGGUGAAUGAUGCUAUUGCAAAGUUUUUGUAACUCUGCCCUUGGAAUGCUUAAACCAUUGCAAUCUUAACGGAGGGGCUGGAUUUGGCUGGAGACAAUCAUUUUUAUAGAAACUGAAAGUGACAAGCGCACCUGCAACAAAAUGCUACAGUGUGUAUUCCUACUAAGUACCAGCCAGCCAGAUCUCCAGCCAGAUCCUCUUUAAGGACACUCCAUUCCAUUCCUCUUCCCCUAUCCUACUUCCUCUGCACCCCACAACACUUAGCUACUGAGCAAGUUCAGUCCUCUUUGGGUUGUUUUUAGACCCCCCCAAAAGUUGUUUUUUUUUGUUUGGACUUAAGCAAGACUUUGGGUUCCCUCAAGCCUGCUAACACCUCUCUCUUGUGUACAGAUGGUGGUGCUGUUUUGGCUACAAAAUAAGAACCAAGAUCACCCAGUGAGCUGGGUGGAAAUUUGAACCCAGAUUUGCCUCCCAUUUUUGUCAAACUUUCUAAGGACUACACCUUAACCCUAACCCACACACACUCUAAUCACUAACCAUUCCAUUAUGGUGACUGUGUGAGAAGACAGCAUGGUGGCCUGCAAUCACAUUUUUGCUUUGCUUUAUGAAAUAUGGAAGAGAACGAUUGGGAAUACUAACUGACUGAAUCUGAACAUGGCUGUAGAAGGGGCUGUCACAAUGGGUAUCAGUGAUACAAGUGGAUGGGUAACAGAAUGGGACACACACACAUGCCUGCACAUUGUGGCAAAGCUUGCGCGCGCACACACACAGCAGUUCAGUUUGGUGAGACUUGUGUCCGCUUGGCUCUGUCCUUGCUCUAUAAUGACAGGUUAGACCAGGGGUCAGCAACCUUUUUCAGCCGUGGGCUGGUCUACCAUCCCUCAGACCAUGUAGGGGGCUGGACUAUAUAUUUUUUUUUUGGGGGGGGGGAAAUGAACAAAUUCCUAUGCCCCACAAAUAAACCAGAGAUACAUUUUAAAUAAAAGGACACAUUCUACUCAUGUAAAAACACGCUGAUUCCCGGACCGUCCGAGGCCGGAUUGAGAAGGCGAUUGGGCUGCAUCCGGCCCCUGGGCCUAAGGUUGCCUACCCCUGGGUUAGACUGACAUGAGUCAGAUGUUUGGAUUUUGGAUGAAGAGAACAAAGCAGAAAGGUCUUUGGUCAAGUCUUGGUAAGAAUUUGGGGAUCAGGCCACAGAUAAAGGGAUAAGGAGAAAGUGAUACCCACCUAGCAUCUAUACGCAUUUUAAUAUCAGGCAUACUUUGAAAGGAUAGCAUUAAGCAUAAGCCACCACAGCAUAUUAUAUUCCAUGUCUUAUCCUCUCUGCAUCUCUUUAACUCUUAUGAAAGGUUUUAAUUUCUAAAUUAAAACAGCCUAUAUAAUCAGCCUCAGAAGCUCAGAUUUGUAAGACAUCCUGUUAUAAAAUAAUGUGUGCCGUGAUCCAGUCUUAAGACAGGUACUUUUAAAGUACCACUGAUUCCAAUAGGAGAGAGUUAUGUCAUGCUUUCCCACUGAUAAUCAAGAGGACUAAAAUACUCUUACUUUUGCCUGGAUCAUGAUCUGGAUCCAAUAAUUAUCUAACCUGCUCUCCACAGCCUCCAAAGACUCUCAAAAUCUCCACACACUACAGAAGGGUACAAUUCAAUGUUACUGGGCUGAACUAAAGGUGUUAUAAGUGAUCUUAUAAACCCCUGCACAGCACAGUAUUUGUCAGUGUCCUCUCCCUUUGUCAGCUGAUGAGGGUGUUGAGGUCACUGUAUGUGAGUGUGAGUGUUUUCUCAUUAUUCCAUUGCUGGCUGUUGCAUGCUGGGUCAUCUUUGCUAUGGCACCUUGGCUAUGGAAUUGUCUCCUUCUGGAGGUUUGGAAUGCCCCACCCUUGAUGGUAUUCUGCUGUCAGAUUAAAAUACAUCUGUUCUUAGCAAUUGGCAAAUCAAAUUAAGGCUAUUCAAGGUUUUAAGAUGUGUUGAACAGCUGCUAUUAUAUGUGAUUGUUCUACCACUGAGUGAUAAGUUUAGUUGCUUUGUGAGUUUUCUUUUUGCAUACUAUGUUGUUUUAUGGCAUUUUGUAAUGAAGAGUGGCCUAAAAGUUUAAUAGAUACAUAAAUAAAUUGGAAGCAUUAAAUUUAUGAAUAUGUUUCGUGCAAAAUUGUUUAGAUCCCAUCCCACAAGUUUUAAGACCAGUUUUAGAAAGUAUUGACAGGAAUGCAUGCAUCAUUAAUAUGAAUGGAACAAAAACUUACGGAUCAGAUGGAAUUCACACCAAGAAUGUACAAAAGCAGAUUCUUAAUUCCAUUAUGCUUGCCCAGUCAGAGAUUUUUAAGGCAUAACACUGUUAAAGGAAAAAUCCCACACUUCUAGGGCUGUCAUUUAUCAGACAUGUGAACUUUGCCAAGUGCGGCAAAUCUCAGAGACCAGAAUACCUUUCAGAGAUGUAAAUCAUAGUUUCUGAUCUGUUUCUAAACAAUUAUACUCCUAGUAAGCAGCUCAGCCUUGAAUAGAAUCAUAAACCAACCAUUUGGUUAAUAUUCAGUAAAAAUGUAUGCACCUCCAUGACAAGAUUCCCCAAUCUAAUGGGAUUUACUUACUUAUUUCUCCAGAUGGGGAAAAAAAGUAUCAGAGUGGUGUGAAGGUAUUAUUUAUGCUGAUUUCCCCCCCAUAGAUCUAGGUGGUAUUGCAUUUGAAAAUGUUCAGCAGCUUAUCAUGCCCAGUACUGAGCUGGUGUAGCAUUAUAGCUAACAGUACAAUCCUAUACAUUUCUGUACAGGGACGCGGGUGGCGCUGUGGUCUAAAUCACUGAGCCUCUUGGGCUUGCUUAUCGGAAGGUCAGCAGUUUGAAUCCUCCUGAUGAGUCAGCUCCCGUUGCUCUGUCUCAGCUUCUGCCAACCUUGCAGUUCAAAAUCACACCGGUGCAAGUAGAUAAAUAGGUACCACUGUGCAGGGAAGGGAAAUGGUGCUUCCAUGCACUCUGGUUUCCAUCACGGUGUUCUGUUGCAUCAGAAGCAAUUUAGUCAUGCUAGCCACAUGACCUGAAAAGCUGUCUGUAGACAAAUUCUUGCUCCCUUGGUCUGAAGUGAAAUGAGUGCCGCACCCCAUAGUUGCCUUUGACUGGACUGAACCGUCCAGGGGUCCUUUACCUUUACACAUUUUUGUAUACAUACCUAUAAUCUGAGCUAUGUAUUAUGAAGGGCAGUAUAAUUGCCCUAAAUCAGGGCAGCAAUCUGUAGCUCUAGGCUAUGUGUAGCAUCUGGAUGGAUGUCAAAGGACUUCUGCAAGCUGUCAUUUCAGACCUUUAGUUUGCAGGGAGAAAGGAAGCCCCUCUCGUCUCUGCCAUGUGGCUCCCAACAGAUUAUCUCUGAGCGAAUUUGGCCCUCAACUGAUAAAAUCUUGUUCACUCUGUCCCAAAUGAAUAAGCCUAGAACUGGCUAUCAAGUGAAGGUGCACAGCUUGUAUGAAUGAAGCAGGAAUUCAAUGCUCUGCGUUGUGGACCAGUGAAAGCGUAAAUGUCGAUUGGCGCUCAGGGUGAGAAACUUGAAUCUCUCAUGGUCUGAAUCUCCCAAAAGAGGCAAGUCUAGUGCUUUGAGAACCUUUGUGUUCUAUUAUUCAAUAUAUCUAUAUUAAAAAAUAAAUAAAGAUGAGGGGUCGCUUAAGGAAGUUUGAUCAUUGUUUAACAUACAAGAUGAUCUGUAUUCAUUUUCAUCAUUUCAUGGCUCCCACUUGGCAGCUUCCUCAUGACACUCGUCUUUUACUGAUGCUUUGAAGUGUCUCUUGCUUUACUUUGAGUUCCUUGAACUCACCUGCAGUAGGCAGUUCAUUUUCAAGUUAACUUUCCUAUCCUCCUGAUGUCAGGUUUUUCUUUCCUUUUUCAACAUUACUUUUUUCCUGAAUAAAUCUCACAGAGUUCAGUAUCCUAUAUAUAGCGAGUCUCCUAUUUUAAGGAAGGGAGGACUGAUAAGUAUUUCAAAUUGACCAACUUCAUUUCACAGGUAACGAUUGAUCUUGGAAAGCAGGCAUUGUGUGAAGUCAUUUGCAUGUGCUUCCCCUGUAGAAUUGCCUUUGUCAUGUGGGAUAGCGGGAUGUAUACAUUCUGAUGUGAAUAAUAUCUCUCUGUCUUUUUGUAGCGUUUUCAGCGUACCUCGUAUUGCUGGACAUGA